AUGGGUGCUACCAUAGACGUAAUGCCAUCUUCAUCUUUAGACGAUACAUUAAAAACAACCAGUAUUGACGGUGCUCCUUUAAAUGAUCCAGUUGGGGGCGUUCAUACCCCCACUAGCGCCACCUCGGCCUUUUUCACAUUUGAUGCUACAUUGAAUGAACUAUAUCCUAACCUACCUCCAAAUUAUAAAUUAAUAAGCAUACUUGGUGAAGGCGCAUUUUCAACCGUCUACAAAGCACUUGACGCGAGACAGAAUAAACCAGUUGCAAUCAAGAUCAUUAGUAAAGCUCACCUCACAUCAAAACAGUUUCACAACAUCAAGAAUGAGAUAAAGAUUAUGAAACGCACUCAUCAUCCAAAUGUAUUGCAAUUAUAUGAUUCAUUUGAUACACCUGAUCAUUGUUUUCUAAUAUUGGAGUAUUGUAAUGGUGGGGAAAUUUUCAACAAGAUUAUAGAGUAUACAUAUUUCUCAGAACCAUUAUCACGCCAUGUAUUUAAACAAUUAUUAUCAGCCAUUGAUAAUCUUCACAAGUUAAAUAUUGUUCAUCGUGAUAUCAAGCCAGAAAACUUGUUGUUCAAAAAGAUUCCUUUUUUUCCAAGAUCAGUUGAAGAAAGUGAAAAACACGCUCGUAAAUCAGAUGACGAUUGUAAAGUGGAUGAAGGUGAAUUUAAGUUGAAUGUUGGUGGAGGAACAAUCGGGGUAAUUAAGUUGGCUGAUUUUGGCUUGGCUAAGCAAUUGAUUGAUGAGGAUGACAAUUCUAGAGUUCCAAUGAAGACACCUUGUGGUACUGCUGGAUAUACUGCACCUGAAGUUAUCACAUGCAAUACCAGAAGUGAAGGGUUUUACCUGCAAAAGACGAGGAAUCAGUAUUCAAAGGCAGUUGACAUUUGGUCGUUAGGAUGUUUUUUAUAUACUAUAUUGUGUGGAUUCCCACCAUUUUAUGACGAUGAUGCUAAUGACGUAACCAUGAAGAUUCUUCGUGGUGAUUUUGUAUUUUUACAACCAUGGUGGGAUGAGAUUAGUGACGAUGCCAAGGAUUUGAUUACGAAAAUGUUGGAAGUGAAUCCAGAAAAGAGAAUAACUAUUGAAGAAAUUUGGCACCAUCCAUGGGUUAUGCAAGGACAAAGGCAAAGUGUAACUAGCAAUGGAGAUUUGGUGGAGGCCAGUCAUUAUUUUGAGCAAAAUUAUGAGGUUGACCAUGUGGAAGAUAUUGGCAAUGACGAGUUGACUAUCCCCAUGUCAAACCAACCUAUUUUAUCACCUAGAGCGCAUGCUAUUAAGGUUGUAUUUGACAAUCCUGCCAUGCUUGGAAGUUUCACUGAUGUGUCCACUCAAUUUAUUGAAAAUAUUGACGAAGAGGAUGAAGUGGACGAAGAGGAUGAUGACGACGAAGAAGAUGAAGUUGACAAGCACAAAGUCCUUCACAAGACCAAAGAAUACAUCCCCACACCCAUGCCAAAGGAACUCAAUUUCAAAAAUGUAUUCAAUGUUGACAAGUCUCAGCUUGAUGUUUCUGGUGAUGAUUCCGAUGAAGAUGGGGAAGUUUCUGAAGAUGAAGUAUCAGAAUUGGAAGAUGAUUUGGCCAGCUUACAAUUAACACCAAAACUAAUGACAAGAUCAAGAAAUGGUAGUCAAGCACAAUGUCAAUACACGGGCAAGAUAUUAGAUGAAGAAAUGGAUGAUUAUUCUAAUUCUGAUAAUGAAAUAUCUGAAUGGACAAGAUCAUCAUCAAUCAUUUCCGGCAUUGAAUCAUUCAAAUUGACAUUGACUGAUUCAAAUUUACUAGCUAGACGAAAAAGUUCACGUAAAGCAUCAGCUGUGACUACAGUAUCAAUGGAUAAACGUCAAGAACAACAAGUUUAA